AUGCGACACACGACACACGACACACGACACGCGACACACGACACGCGACACACGACACACGACACACGACACACGACACACGACACACGACACACGACACACGACACACGACACACGACACACGACACACGACACACGACACACGACACACGACACACGACACACGACACACGACACACGACACACGAAACACGACACACGACACACGACACACGACACACGACACACGACACACGACACACGACACACGACACACGACACACGACACACGACACACGACACACGACACACGACACACGACACACGACACACGACACACGACACACGACACACGACACACGACACACGACACACGACACACGACACACGACACACGACACACGACACACGACACACGACACACGAUUAUCGUAG